AGUCACGGGCGAUUUAGGUGUGACACGGAAAUUUUCUUAAGCCCGAAAACCCCACAAAAGUUGCCCAAAACCUCUUUAAUAUUUGAUUUUUUGUAGUCAGAUAUUUAAUUUAUAUCUCUGCACGAAAAGUUAAACAUGAAAAACAAAACCAAAAAGACUAUAAGCCAUCUAAAAACUGGACAUAGAAAAUCAAAUUCCAUUCUCGUCAACAUACGUUCAAAUCCUCAUUAUAUUGGCAAACGUCCAAGUAAACGUAAAAUUAUAAAAUUUUAUAAAGAUCUUUUAACAUUUUAUGAAGACGAAGAUACAACGAUUCAAAAGCCUAAAACUUCCAAGACGUUUCAAUCAAAAAAGACACUUAAUGUUGGCCAUGUUAAGAAAAUUACUAAAAAACAAACAACUAUCAAUAAAAGACAAGUAAAAAAUUCUGAUGCGUUAAUUUUGAAACGUAAAAAUCAAACUCGCAAUAAGUCAAACGCUAAGAUAUCUACUAAAAACAAAUCAAAUUCAAUUAAUGUGGAAAUACCAUCCGAAGCUGUCAAACAUAUGAAUCCGAUUGUAUUGAUCGAAAGAAUUCCACAAGACAUUAUAGACUAUUAUAUGUCUAGUAAAAAAACUCAUGCAGACGAAAUAGUAAAUAAUUCUGGUGAACAAGAAAAUGUAAGAAUUAACAAUUCUGAAACCCACAAGACGUAUCGAAAAAAGAAUAGAACUCCUGUCAUCAACAUCAACAUACGUACAAAUCCUCAUUAUGUUGGCAAACGUCCAAAUAAACGUAAAAUUAUAAAAUUUUAUAAAGAUCUUUUAACAUUUGAUGAAGACGAGGAUUCGAGGAUUCAAAAGCCUGAAACUUUUAAGACUUAUCAAUCAAAGAAGAGAACUCAUCUCGACGACGUUAACGAUUCACGUAAAAAACUUAGACUAACAAAUAAAUAUGAAGACAAAGUAAAUAAUUCUUAUACUCUUAAUUCAAAUCGUAAGAAUAAAACUCCUGACGUGUCAAACGUCGAGAUAUCUACUGAAAACAAAUCAAAUCCAAUUAAUGUGGAAAUACCAUCCGAUAAAGUCAAUCAUAUGAAUCCUUUUGUGUUGCUCAAAAGAAUUCCGCAAGAAAUUAUAGACUCCUAUGUGUUUAAUAAAACAAUUAAUACAAUCGAACUAGAAAAAUUAGUAAAUAACAUAGAACUAUCUAACAAUGUUGAUGGCAUAAAUAAUUUUGAUACACCAACUGAUAAUCCUACAAAAAAUAAAAAGUUAUCUACGAAUAGCUCUACAAAGAAAGUUUCUAAGAAAAAACGAUCAAAAAGAUCUAGAUUCAAUUGAUGAACUCGUCUAAACAUUUAAUUUUGAUAAAUCAUGA